UCUGCCAUUUAAAAAAAAAGAAACAGUCGGCCACGCUUGCCACAAAAAUCUUUUUCGGGGGAUCAAGUAAUUUCCCCCAUUUCUUUUGUUCCAAUAUUGCUGUAUUUACCUCCUGUACCACUGUAUAACAAACAAGUUUAUUGUCAAAAUUCAACAUGGCUGAUUUGGACGACUUUUUCGCAAAGAAAGAUCGCAAAAAGUCAAAGUCGGUCAAAAAGUUUGCGACUGCAGAUGAGUUAGCUAAAAAAUUGGAGGAUACUAAACAGAAAUCAGAUGUGAGGCCGAAGAAGGAGCGUCCGGCGACGGAAGGCGACGAGUCAGGGCGCGGUGGGAAGGAAGAGGAAUGGAAGGAGUAUGAGGAGCCAGUGAAGGACUACACGGGGCUCAAGAUUCAGGUGCUGCAGGGCGGCAACGGAGCCCCGGACUCCGGCCGCGACGCCUCCAAUGAAGACUCCGCCCCCGAGGGCGAUAAGGGCAAGGGCCCUUGGAAUAAAACCAAGGUCAAUCCGCAAGUGGAAGAGCAGCCCCCGCCGCCGCCCCCUGAGGAGAAGCAGCCCCCGGCCCCCAAGAGCACCGCCUACGUGCCUCCAUCAUCACGCGUGCGCGCCCCCGAGCCGCUCCGGCGCAACCAAGCGAAGCACGCGCCAGACAUCCACAACGACGACUACUUCCCGGUGCUGGGCGCGGGCGCCAAGCGCGGCGGCGGCGGCUGGAGCACGGCGGGCGGCGGGGGCGGCCCGGCGCGCGCCCCCCACGGCGGCCGCGCCGGCCUGGCGCUCGGGAACCGCUUCACGGAGCUGCAGGACGACAGCUAGCCAGGUACCAACAAGCACAGUCGCGAAGCGAAGCAGUGAAGUGUCAAUAUGGACUUAUAAGCAAAGCCUGGGGCAUAGCUAUACCCUCAAACACAGUCAAACAGAACAACAGUGCAUUUUUCAUUACCUUCAAACAAGACAGUUGCUAUAACAGUACCUUCCUUCUAUUCUAUGUAAAAAUCAAAAUGUUAUUUUUAAGAACUUUUAUAUUGUUGAUGUAAGUUGAUUGACAUUCGGCCCAAAUUAUUCCUUUGAAUUUUACGUUGUACACAUUCGUCUAGGCAGCGUAGACGUCCAAAAAAACGCGUAACGCGCGGUAAAAGGCGUAUUUAGUCGCCGUUUGAUGCCUUAUCAUUUUGUGAUUAAAAAUUGGUUUUCUGAAAACAAUGAACGGUGACGACGUAAGCGACCACAUACUAUUGAGGGACUUGUCAAAAUCUUUGCCUAAUGCGGCCAUUGCAAUGUUGUAAACGAGGCUUAAAAACUUUUUUAUAUUCUUCAAAGCCGAAUGUAAGUCAAUCUGCAGUUCAUUCUGUAAUUCGCUGCCGGUUCGAAGUCAACCAAUGCUUAGCUUCCGUUUCUGCAUUCCAACCAAUUAAUGAGCCCGUAAUGCCUUUGAGGUAUGCGUUUACACUAACUUUCAGCCAAUUAAAAACGAUCCUAGAUCGGUAAAAAGUUUCUUUGUGAAAAAAACUAAAAAAAUAUUGUUUUGUAAAUGUUAAAAUUUUGGCGGGAAUUCUCUUCUGCAGCGAAAAAGGCUCUAAUUUUGUUACAUUCUCGCAUGCAAUAAACUGUUUACUACUUGUAAAUAAAGUUUUUGUAUGAACUAUAUUGUUGGUUACCUAAUUAAUCGAUAUUUUUGUAUCGAUUUGGAAAGUCUUUUUAAGUAGAUAGCGAAUAAGUAGACAAUAACAUAAUGCCUAUGCUUUUAAAGUUACAAAGUUAUUUCAAAAAAUCUGUUAAGUAUUUAAAAUGGCAACUGUCUCAAAAAAAAGUGUAAAAGCAGGAAACGGAAGUGUGUAAACUGAUCUACAUUUGUUAUUUUUUAUGUUUAUAUUGAUAAAAAUAUUAAAUAUAGCUGAAUGUGAGUUAAACAUGGUCUCUGAACAUUGGUGAUGAAAUAAAUUUAUACUAAAACGCCGUAAUUUUAAAUGGUCAAGCGUGGAUAGCAUUUUAAUGCGUAGUUUAUAUAUUGAACACCUAAAAUUUAUUAUAAAAGUGAUGAGUUGGCGCCAACCGGAAUGGAUGCGUUACUAAACGAUUGUACAUUGUAAUUACGGUAAAAAUAUUGGGUAUCGAUAAAUCAUUCAAAACAUGUUGUACCAUAGGAAUAAAUUAUGUAUUUAAAUUUA